AUAAACACAACCAGGAAAUUCAGGAGUUCAGGGAAACUGAAACUGCUGGGCUGUUGUGUGUUUCGUCUUCUUUCUAUGAGUAGCCUACAUAGGGUGAAAUGGCAGAAGCCAGUAUUUCAGUGGUUCAGGAUCAGUUCAUCUGUUCAAUCUGUCUGGAUCUACUGAAGGAUCCAGUGACCAUUCCCUGUGGACACAGUUACUGUAUGAGCUGUAUUACAGACUGCUGGGAUCAAGAUGAUCAGAAGAGAGACUACAGCUGCCCUCAAUGCAGACAGACCUUCACUACAAGACCUGUUUUAAAUAAAAACACCAUGCUGGCUGAAGUGGUGGAGAUACUGAAGAAGACAAAACUACAAGCUGCUCGUCCUGAUCACUGUUAUGCUGAAGCUGGAGAUGUGAAGUGUGACGUCUGUACUGAGAGAAAACACAAAGCUGUCAAGUCCUGUCUGGUGUGUCUGAACUCUUACUGUCAAACUCAUCUUGAACAACAUGAAGAACUUUACUCAGGAAAGAGACACAAAGUGAUAGACGCCACUGGACGACUUCAGCAGAUGAUCUGCCCUCAACAUGAGAAACUUUGUUGUAAAACUGAUCAGCACUGUACAUGUCUUCUGUGUAUUCUGGGGGAGCACAAAAAUCACAACACUAUGCCAGCUAAAGAAGAGAGGACUGAGAAACAGAGUUUUCAGUCUCUCUCUGUUCCUCCUGGAUCUUCAGACUCACUCAGCAUCACUGUCAGCUCUCUCAUCUCUUUUAAUGAUGUAGGAAAAUCUGUGUCUCAUCUGAGAGAAAAACUGGAAGAUUUCUGUAGAGAAGAGAUAGAAAAUAUAUUUGAUAACAGUAAAGCACCUGAACCUGACACUAGGGAGCAGUUCCUAAAAUAUUAUCAUCACUUCACUGCAGAUCCAAACACAGUAAAUAAACAACUCUGUCUGUCUGAGGGGAACAGAGUGAUUACUGACAUUUACAGAGUUCAGCCGUAUCCUGAUCAUCCAGACAGAUUUGAUGUUUAUCCUCAGGUGUUGUGUAGUAAGAGUGUGAGUGGACGCUGUUACUGGGAGGUUGAGUGGAGUGGUGCGGUGUUUAUAUCAGUGUCAUAUAAAAGCAUCGGCAGGAAGGGAUGGGGUGAUGAGUGUAUGUUUGGACGUAAUGAUCAGUCCUGGAGUUUGUGCUGCUAUGACUUCAGUUGUUUUUUCAGGCACAAUAACAUUGAGACUGAUCUCCCAAUAGUGUCCAGAUCUUCUAGAAUAGGAGUUUAUGUGGAUCACAGUUCAGGAUCUCUGUCCUUCUACAGCAUCUCUGACACAAUGACCCUCAUCCACAGAGUCAACACCACAUUCACUAAACCUCUCUAUCCUGGGUUUUGUGUUUGGGGAUCAGUGAAACUGUGUGAUAUAACAAUAUAGAUGUUAAAGAGAGUAUAAAUAGUUUUGUCAUAUAAGAAUUUUCAGGCCCGGCCCCUGUGGUCAUGGGGCCCUAUGUAAAACCAUGAAAAUGAGCCACACUGGUGAAAAAAAAAUCAUAGCAAUGCAAUUUGACAAGUUGAAUUAAAACAGACAAAAAUGAAAAUGUAUAUAUUUAAGUGUAGAAGUAUUAAUUAAGUGCAACAUAUUAAGCAAUGUUGUUAAAGUGAACAGAACUACAGUACUGUAUGUAUCAAUACAAAUAUCAUGGAUAUUAAUACAAAAUAAUGUAAAUUAAUGCCAAAUUAAUCAAAUAAGACACACGACUGAGAUGGAGUAUGUCUAUAAACAGAGCACAGUAGUCCGAGUAGCCGUAAAGGAGGCAAUCAACAUGGCCGCCAUGCCAAGUAAUGACGUCACGACGCCCAAGCCAUAUAGGACUAACAUUAGCUGUAGUGGCUCACCGGAAGUUUUGCCCAUAUGAGCUCAAAGAUGGCGGUGCCCGGAUUUACGUCAAGAAUAGAGGGUAUGCAUUGACGUCACUUUUCCAUGUGACCACGCCUGAACUCGCCCUGUUGAGUGGCAAAUGAUUCAACAAAAUGGCUGGUUAUCAUAGCGGCUGCUGCGAAAAACGCCAGUAAAACUGACUUUUAUCAGCUUAAAUUUAGUUGGACUUGAUAGCAGAAGUGGACAAUAUCUAGUUACAUACUUAAAUGUUUUUAGAAUCAUACUAGAAUCAAAACAGAGGACAAUUAAUAGUCUUAUACCAGUUAAUUUGUGACUGUUAUAGGUAAUGAGAUUUUAAAUGCUGUAUGUGUGAUGUGUAUAUGUGGAUAAAAGUAUACAUGUGGUUAUGUUAUAUGUAUGUUAAACCUAUGUAUGUUUUACUUGGUGUAUUUUAAUUGUGUAUAUGUUUUAGCACUUUGUGGGCCCCAGGAAGACUAGCAACCACAUUGUGGAAGAUAAUGGGGACCCAAAUAAAUAAACAAAAUAAACAAAAUAAACUGUGUAUUUUUUAAAUUGCAUAUUAAAAUGUAUUUAAUACCUAAUUGCAUUAAAAGUGUGUACUUGAGUAAAAGUAUGUUUAUGUCCAUUAGUAUGUGCUCCGUCAAGCAUUGUCUUCGUAACUGUGAGUGGCUAACUAAUUUGUGAAGUACACAACUUACUGUAAAGCUAAUAUUAAUCAAUGACUUCAUAAGUUUCUCUUUAUAACGUUAUUCUCGUCAAAACUGCAAAUGAUGCAAGUUUUAUGUAUUUUGUUCUCUUUGUGUUUUAAAAUUAUUUAUAAUAAGUCAAGUUUACUGUUUAGUGCACUGAUAUCCAACUAAUUUUGGAUAAUAAAGUUUAUUGUUAACUUCUUGCCUAUAGUACAUAUCUUUGUCACAUCAAUAUAAGUGUUGGAUCACCACAUUUGUGAGUGAUCACCACAUUUGUGAGUGAUCAUUGCAUUGCAUUGUAUUUAUUCAUAGUAUAUUAUGUUAAAGUAUAUAGUGUAUUCUAUG